AUGCAUGACGGCAUUGACUACUCUACAACUAGGACAUCCAGCUUUUGCAAGUGACGGAGUAUAAUCUGGUUGAUAACAGAAAAGGAGUAAAAAUUGGAAUAUACGGCAAUAUGUUUUGCUCUAAUAUUAAUUGAACAAACAGUGAUUAAUAACAACAGUUGUAUCAGCAUGGAUUACGUGGACAACCAAACGUUCGCCCCUUUCCAUGAAACGAACCUCCAAAAAAUAACGGAGAACAUUUCUGAUAAUACUGAACCCAAAGUGAUUGAUCCGCAGAAUACUUCAUCAGCAUUCCAGGAAACGGAACAGAAGCUAAUAAUCGACUCAUUGCUUUCUGACAGUACUGAACCCAAAGUGAUUGAUCAGCAGGCUACUUCAUCAGCAUUCCAUGAAACGGAGCUGAAGCUAAUAAUCGACUCAUUGCUGUCUGACAGUACUGAACUAAAAACAGUUAUUAAUCCAUCGAAUGCAACAUUAUCAUUCCAGGAAACUGAAAACUCGAUACUGUAUGACAAUACAGAACUAAAGCUUAUUGAUCCACCGAAUGCAUCUUCAUCAGCUUUCGUUGAAAGGGAAACAAUGAUAGUCGUCGACUCGUUAUUGUCUAUCAAUAUUGAACCGAAUGAUAUUCAUCCGACGAACGUUUUAUUAACUUCUCAUGAAACGGAACCAAAGAAAAUCGUCAACAAUGUUCAAUUUGACAACAUAGAAUUCAUUGACGAUACCGAGUGUGAAACUGAUCCGAACGACAUUGAAAGCGUUACAGGAAGUUCGAACGAAUUUGAUGAUUAUCUGAUUCAAGUGCUGUCUAGAGAAAGAUACCAAGAAGAGAGGCAAAUAUUGUGCCGAAAUGUUGCCGGGGACAUUGCGCUCGAGUUUUGCUCGGAUAUGCAGCAUGAACUUUCGGAAGCAAAGAUGGAGUUAUUGACAUUUUCUGACAAUAUCAAAGAAAAUCUCAAAACCUGUCUGAAAUCAGAAGAAGGCUGUUUUAGUGGAAACGUUUCGGAUAUUGCUCUCGAAACUUGCACAGCCAUUAGAAAUGAAGUUAGCGAACUGGAAGCGAUAAGAACUAGGGAAAAAACCAAGGAUUUUACUACAUUAAAAGAAUGUUUGCAGCAAGAUCUCACUAGGCUUUACGACCAGAGGUAUCGCACAAAAAGCCUUUGUCCUCUGACCCCUGAAGUAGAUGGGACAUUUGACAAUUUGUAUAUUCCUCCCGAACUUACAGUCACCGAACUCCCGAAACUGAAUAAUUCUACCCAAUCAUUCAGCCAAAGAUCUACGCGCGUCCUAAAGAUGGAAGACGUUUUUUACAGAGAUUCGUUACAUUCGAAACCAGCAAAGAGUAUCUACAUAGUCGGAGAAUCAGGAAUAGGAAAGACAUCUCUCUGCACAAAGCUCGUACUAGAGUGGUCUCGAUUAACAAAUAAUAGUCCACGCCCGGCCAGCGAGACCACAGCUCCAAAACAAUUCUGUGAAAACACCCUCUUCGCUGAUAUGAACUUCCUCAGCAGCUUUUCAUUUGUGUUUUUCAUACCGCUUAGGGAUGUGCUAGGUCUUUGUGAUGUUGACGCUAUGAUAAAAACGCAUCUUUUGCGUUGCCUAUCUAGCCAGUAUACCGAUGAAUUUCUCAAUAAAGUUCUUUCGGAAGAGCAGUGCCUUAUGAUCAUCGAUGGUUUGGACGAAUGGUUCCAUCCAAAAAACUGUUUCUGUGGACUGAUCUAUCAAGAUGCACCAAACACAAGAUUGAGAGAUAAUUGUACCGAGAUAUUCACGACAAGACCAUGGAAAAUGUCUGAAAUCAGAGUAAAACACACUCAGAUAGAUUCAUUAGUAACAAUAGAGGGCAUAUAUGACUACACCACGGCUGUUCAAACGUUUGCUGCUUGCUUGAAUCAGCAUAGGCCGGAUGAUAGCGACACCUUUUAUUCGAUUAUAGAGCGGUAUAACUUGUAUCAAAUAAUCAAAGUUCCGGUUCUGCUUCUACAAAUACUUUGUCUUUGGAGUGAGGAAAAACAGUUUGGCCUUUCAUACUGUGAAAUGUACGCCACCGUUGUUGAUAUGCUUCUUGAAUGGUCGAGUAAAGUGGCUGUUGAAAACCAAGGCAUUCGAAAUAAUUUCCUCGAUACAUCUUAUUCGGAGCUGCAGUGUUUGAAAGGCAAGAGAUUUUGCCAAUCUCACAUUGAACUGCUGUCUAAAAUGGGCUGCUUAGCAUUAAACAUGAUUUUUGAAGAAAGCGAGAAUAUAUUGCAUUUUGACGAAGGUUAUGUCUUGCAAUUCAUUGAAGUGGGAGAUUUGAAGCAGGCUUUAGGGACGGGGAUACUGUCGUGUCAUAAAAUUCCAAAUUGUGUUCCUAGGAGAAAAGUGUUUUACAAUUUCCUGCAUAAGUCAUUUCAAGAAUUUUUAGCAGGAUUGUUUCUGGUUGCAAAUGAUAGAAACCAGACAGAAUAUAAAAGACGCUUGCAUGACUAUUUCAAGAAUAUGCAAAGUCCAGUUAGCUGUACACGUUUCUUUGUGUUUAUAUGUGGCUUGCGUCCUGAUUGCGCAGAAAAACUGUGUUUGAGCAUUUCAGAAAAUCUUACAGAAGAAAUAGUAAACAAAAGUACAUCAUAUAUCCAACGCAAACGAUUUAUCAAAUCUUUGCAAAUGAUGAUAAUAAAGGGUCAAAAAGAGUGUCUGAAAAACUACCACUCGAAAACCACAUUGCCAUUACUGCAUUUUAUUGAAGGUGAAAGUGACAGCUACGAUCCUGCAGACAAAGUUUUGGUGGAAAGACUAGUUUCGAUGAAUAAAGGGAAACUGCAAUCUCUGGCGUUAUUUGGUGGAACGAAAGUAUUCAGCGACGAAAACGUGAGAUGUGUAGAUUUAUCGGAAUGCCGACAAUUGAAAUCUCUUUACAUAUGCAGUAUGUUUGGGAAAUCGAUUAAAUUAAAAGCUAAACACAUUGAGAUAUGCUUUUUGAAAAACGUCAGUGAAACCUUAGAAACGACGGUGAUGAAAUAUUUGGCAAAACAUUCCGGAAAUAUUCGAAGAUUCAGUGUCGUUCCCUGUUGUGACAGCAAACUAUUUCAGAUUAUUAUCAAAAAUGCAUACAAUACCCUGGAGAUUGUGCGGGUGACAUUUUCAGAGUUUCAAGAAUUAGGAACCUUAGAUCUACGAGCUUGUCACCGUCUUAAGUGUUUAGAUAUUGGAGGUCAAAUGUCCGUUCUUAGGCUACCGAAAGAUACAUUGGAUUCCUUACAUAUUCGAGACAUCACCUCCAGCGCAGAGGGAACUACAUUUAAAACCCUGGCGAAAAAUCGAAGUGAUCAGUUGAAAUGCCUUGAAGUUCAGUUCUGCAAACAACCAGAUAAAUUGUCCAAAACAAUUGCCUUAUUAACUAUAACAGAGCUAUACAUAAAUUCAACGACAUAUUCCGUGGACUUUGGUUUACCCGACUCCGUUGAAAUGGUGGAAUUAAGACAUGUCACUUUUACUGGCAGAUCAGCGGAAUGUUUGGUAAACAGACUUGCAUGCAUUGGAACCAUUCACUCUGUUGAGUGCAAAAUGACGGAUUGCAUUUUCAAGCCCCAUAGUGAUUUCUUUCGAUUAAAGGACACUGUUGAAAAUACAGAAGCGUUGACGUCUGUGGAUAUGGUAAUUGAACAGUCGUGCGAUAUGCACUCAUUGUUUAGCAUUCAUGUUAAGAGUGUUACAUGAGGCAUAUGGUAAUUGAACAGUCGUGCGAUACGCACUCAUUGUUUAGCAUUCAUGUUAAGAGUGUUACAUGAGGGUUAUGGUAAUUGAACUGUCGUUUGUUAUGCACACAUUGUUUAGAAUUCAUCUACAACGUGCUACAUGGGAGAUACCGUAAUUGACCAGUCGCCAAACUACGGUAUGAAAGAUAUCGUAAUAAAUCCGUCGCUAAAGAAAGAUAUGAGAGAUAUCGUAAUUUACCAGUCGCUAAAUACGGUAUGAAAGAUAUGGUAAUAAAUCCUUUGCCAAAGAAAGACAUACGAUAUAUCGUAAUUUACUGGUCGUCAAAGCAGUAAAUGCAACUUGUCGAGGUCAUUUGGCGGGGUUUCGUUGGAUAACGCAACCGUAUGCUUUCAUUUAUUUAUAAAAUAUAAUCGUGUUAUUGCUCAACUUACGGCUUGCGACUGGUCGAUUCUUCGCCACACUGACAUUUAUGAGUACUUAAUAGAUAUUUUUCUCAAUAGAAGAUCAAAAUAUUGUUGUUGAUGUUGAUAAUUAUGUUGUUGUUGUUGUUGUUAUUGUUGUAUAUGUAUAUGUCUAUUAUGUACAUGUGUUUUUAAAAACAUUGGUGACAUGUAACUCAUUGUAAUAAAAGUAACCACAUUACUCUGAUCAGAUGCCGCCCCGAAAACUCGAUUUUGCACUGAACAUUUAGAUGGGGUUGGGGAUGUACCGGAUGCGAUCGUUUUCUUAAGUGCUUACUCUUCACAAUGUGCACGUUUACGUGUAUCAUCAGAUAGAUUACCCUUGAAACGUCCUUUGAAAGUGUUGCCCUUGACCAUGAACUAAUUUACCAUCUAGAUGUGACUAGUUUUAUAGUUCACCACUGAAGUAGGGACCGUAGUCUUUCAAAUAUAUAAAUAUUUCCACUACGCAUUUUAUCUUUAUUUAGUGCUCAUCAAGUGAAAAUAACUAGGAUUCCAUACCCCGAUAAUGAUACAUAUCACUUAUCGUCAUUCAUUUCUUACCAACUGUAAAUAUAACUAAUGAAUUGCGUGAUUGAUGUCAUUAUCAGAUAUAUGCACGCAGUUGGGCUGGUUAAAGUACGCGUGAAGUCCUUCGGACACCACCCACUUUUACCAGCCCAACUGCGUUCAUAUACCGAUAAUGACAUCACUCAAGUAAUUCUUUCCUCAAGUUAUGCAUACAUACAGUUUGUGUAUUUAAUAAAAUGUCUUAUCAGUAACGCAAACAUAGUAAGCAUGCUGAUUACAUUUGGAAGAGUUAUCAUAGGUUUUUCUUAAAUAACAAAGUAUUUUGAAAUAAUUCAUAUGAUAUCCGUAUAGUUUAACCAGCGCUGUGUAGAAUAAGAUGGCACACGAUCUUAAAACCUAUUAAUGACUUCUUCACCAAUUUUAAUUGGCGGAAAGAACCAUUACUCCGGUUCUUUCAGUGACCUUUUUAAAAAAAAAAAAAAACUUCGGCAAACCUGUUCUAAGCAUGUAGUUUUGUCAGUAAUAUGACAAUCGAUUUUUUUCCUUUAUUUUAAAUUUGUCAUUAUUUUGCCCGCUAAUGAGGCAGACUUGUUUCUGGACAUACAAACAAAUAGUUAUUAUCUUAAUACAAUGGAAUGGAACAAAUGGAACAAGUAUAUACGUUGAGAUUCAUCGAAAGUUUAUUUUAUUAUAAAUAAAAUAGUUUGGUUAGGGUUAGAUCCUUUUCAAAAAAAGGUCGGGUAGGUCGGCUUUUUUUCUUUUAUAAAGCUUUAUGUAAGAACGUUAUUGUCAUCAUUGGACAAUGGUGUAAAAGUAAUCUUCUGCAUGAAGCUUUUAAAAUAUAAACUACGUAUUAAACACACACUUAAAACACCCCAACUGACUAUAAAACGUCACGGUUGGCGCCUAUUUCGUAGAUAGGGUCGGGUAACCCGAACCAAAUGUAAUUGUUAUGGCCUUAUCGAUGUUCUAGUUGUGUAUCAUUGAUAAUGAGUAAAUGAUAUAGUACAGAAGCCAUUUAACAAAUGUGUGUAUACCACGUGAUAAAUUACGUCAUUUUGCUACGUCGGAUGGCAACAUAUUGCUUAAAGUGAAGGCCUGCUAUACAAAAUCUGUGUUACUGAUGUGUAGGAGGAUGUCUCCCAAUUACCAAAAGUGUUGUUGGCAGAAAAAUCUCUCUUGCAAAAAGCAAAGUCCAAGAUAGCCACCAAGAUGGCCCCCAAAUUAAAACAAAUACCACCUUGCAUAUAAAAUCCAUCUCAUUAUGAAGUUUUUGAAAUUCUUAGUAGUAUUAUUUUUUCUAAUUUAUGAUAAUACAUUUUCUAAUACUUUAGAAUUGUCUGUAUUUAAUUAUUAUUUACCUUCUUUAAGCCUUUUUACAUUGAAAUGACAAAAACAUACCUUUUUGGGACCAAAUACCUGCGUUUAUUUUUGUUUUAUUGAAUAAUUAUUACCAAAUUAUGCUUACAAUAAUCCAUUGUCAUAAUGCAAGCCUCAAUGAUGUUAUUUUGAAUAUAGUUUGUUAUUAUGUAUGUGGUUUUUUUCUAAUAGCGGCAGUUCGUUUAAAGUGGGUGGGGUAAUUGAAACCCCUGUAAAUUAUUUGCCAAUGUGUUUGUCUGCUCAAAUAUUACAG